AGUACGCACAUUUUGUGACGUUUUACACAGUCAAGGUCAAUCACCGAGAUGGCAGCAAAGUUAGGGAACACGCUGCGGUUGUUGCGGUGUGUUGCACGGAGACCCGUGUCAUGUCGUCGGAUUUUCACAACCUCAUAUCUGAGAUGCGAGGAACGUCCUCAGUUUUCAGGGUUGAAGUCGGACUUCACCUACAAAUUGUCGAUUUUGGACCCAGACAAUGAGGCAGGCAUUCCCGUGUACAGAGUGAUGAACAGUCACGGAGAGAUGACCCAAGACAGCGAGGAUCCCAAGAUUGACAAAGAGACUGUCCUGAAGAUGUAUCGUGACAUGACUCUGCUGAACUCUAUGGAUAAAAUCCUUUAUGAAUCACAGAGACAGGGCAGGAUUUCAUUUUACAUGACCAACUAUGGGGAGGAAGCUACUCACAUCGGUUCUGCUGCUGCUCUUCACUUAGAGGAUCUGGUAUUCGGACAGUACAGGGAAGCAGGGGUGCUGAUGUGGAGAGGCUUCUCCCUGGACCAGUUUAUCAAUCAAUGUUAUGGAAAUGUGGAGGAUAUGGGCAAGGGUCGGCAGAUGCCCGUACAUUACGGGUCUCGGGAUCUACACUACGUCACCAUAUCAUCGCCACUAGCUACACAGAUGCCUCAAGCUUCUGGUGCAGCGUAUGCUUUCAAACUCAAACAGAACGGGAAGUGCGUCAUCUGUUAUUUUGGGGACGGGGCUGCCUCAGAAGGAGACGCGCACGCAGCCUUCAACUUCGCAGCCACUCUGGACUGUCCAGUCAUAUUCUUCUGUAGAAACAAUGGAUAUGCAAUAUCAACCCCUACCUCAGAGCAGUACAGGGGCGAUGGCAUAGCCUCCAGGGGCAGUGGUUAUGGUAUGUUGACGAUGAGAGUAGAUGGGAAUGACGUGUUUGCUGUAUACAAUGUCACGAAGCAGGCCAGAGAAAUCUGUGUGAAACAGAAUCGACCAGUCCUUAUCGAGGCCAUGACGUACAGGGUUGGACAUCACUCCACAUCAGACGACAGCUCUAUGUAUCGUGAAAAGGGAGAGGUGGUGAAGUUUGAUACAAACAAUCCGAUUGGUCGAUUACGGGGCUACAUGGCACGGCAAGGGUGGUGGGACGAUGAGGAUGAGAACAAAUGGAGAGAGCAAUGCAAGAAAAAUGUGAUGGAAGCAUUUGGAAAAGCAGAGAAGAGAAAGAAGCCCAGCCCUGUUGAGCUGUUCGAAGAUGUUUAUGAUGAAAUUCCAAUACACUUACAAAAACAAAUGGACUCCUUAAAAGAACACCUGUCCAAAAACGGGGACAAAUACCCAGUCCAGUCCCAUGAGGUGUGGUCCUGAGGGAUUGCAGGGGGUUGUACUUUCACUUCGAGAAUCUCAUCAUCAACUCUUCAUCCCCUUGACAUCUAUAUAAAUGUCAACAGUGUGUUAUACAUGUAUAAAUAUAAAACCACGCCUGGUGGAGUCGAUCUGAGAAAAAUGGAUACAACGUUUGGUGUAUUACGUGUCGGGUUAAAAAGUUCCGAGUCACUGAACAGUCUGGUCAUACACAAGUGAAAUAUUUGUAGUCUUCUUCUCACAUUUUUAAUUCUAGUGGACUGUACCAGUGUGUAUCAUUACUUAAAUGUUCAAACUAACUGUCAAAGAAUUAGUAUCUAUCUACUGAAAUGGUGUAUUUCAUGUAAGUCAAGUCUGUUUUUGAAUAUAGUACUUUCCAACACACAAAUGACACACACACAGGUUUAUAACUCACAUACCGCAGUAAGCCUAGAUUUAAUAUGAAUACACAUCGCACUGUUCCUAGUGAAUGUACACGUGCUUCCGUGUUCAGAGGAAAGUUACGUUUUACGAUGCGUCUCUAGGGAUCUGGCCAAACAGGAUACACGUACAUAUCAAUAAAUUAUUACGUUUUGACUGAAGCUGACUGAUGAACGUUCCACAUAUCAGUGAUGAGUGAAUGGUGAUUUUCGUGGUUUGCAUAAUAUGACUGUGAUACAAUUGCUAUAAAAAAUAUUUAUUCAGAGUGAAGUAUUGUUUGACUUGAAAACAAGUCAACUUAAAAAUGUAUGUAUGCUAAUAAUUUUUACCAUAAUAUACAGUCAGACUUUGUUACUUCGGACCUUGAUGGGGAAAGAAAAAACUUAAAAGAUAUCGAAGGGUUUGAGAUAUUGAAGUGAAAAUGCAUCGAGAAAAUGUAGUUGGGACUUCCAACUUGUAUCAACUUAUCCAUGAUAUUCGAGAUAUCAAUGUUUGAGAUAUUCAAGAAUUCAAAAGAUUGAGGUUAAAAUGCAUCGAGAAAAUAUAAUUGGGACUUCCAACUCACUUCGACAUAUCCAUGGUAUUUGAGAUAUCGUGUUUGAGAUGCCAAUCAGAUUUACAAACCGGUCAACAGAUAAUUACAAGAUGUACAGGUAAAUAUAAUUAUAAGUCUAGGUUCACGUUUCUUUCAGUUUAUUAGGAUAAUCGAGUAAACGUAUGCAUACACAUUGGAAAUCUAUUACAUUGUAUCUACCCUAGUCAUGCUGUAAGUGUGAAUUGUACAAUUUCCACAGCUUAUUUUGAUCUGAAUAGCACAAAUUCAAAAGAAUUGUCUCAAAACAAUGCAUUGAUACUAACUUUUAUCAUUUUGAGUGCCAAAGUAUGAUGUUUGAAAUGUAAUACAAAUAUACAAGGUGUUGCUGAACAGUAAUCCAAUAAAAAGUCAGUAGAACA